ACUACAUUUCCCACCAUGCCUAGCGUCCGUUGCGCCGAUUAGUUAACGUUUGUAGUGAGCGACCUUGGACUCCAGAUCAAGCAUGGCGAAUAAAGAGCCUAACCGGUUCGUCCAGCACCUGCGGGACCUGGCGGGUCGCAUGUCUGCCGGGCCGCGCGGCGCAGGAACGGGUCUGAAGCUGCUGUUGGGUGCUGGAGCACUAGCGUAUGGCAUCAAGGAGGCCACCUACACGGUGGAGGGUGGUCAGAGGGCCAUUGUUUUCAACAGAAUCGGAGGGAUGCAGAUGGACACCGUUCUCUCUGAAGGUCUUCAUUUCAGGAUACCCUGGUUCCAAUACCCCAUCAUCUAUGACAUCAGAGCACGGCCCAGGAAGAUCUCUUCUCUCACAGGAAGCAAAGACCUGCAGAUGGUGAAUAUUGCGCUGCGUGUGCUGUCCCGUCCAGUGGCGUCCAACCUGCCGACUCUGUACCAGCAUCUGGGCAAAGACUACGAUGAGCGCGUGCUUCCCUCCAUCGUCAACGAAGUCCUCAAGAGCGUCGUAGCCAAAUUCAACGCUUCCCAGCUCAUCACUCAGAGAGCGCAGGUGUCGCUGCUGAUUCGCCGGGAGCUGUUUGAGAGAGCCAAAGACUUCAACAUCAUCCUGGAUGACGUGGCCAUCACUGAGCUAAGCUUCAGCAGAGAGUAUACUGCAGCAGUGGAGGCCAAGCAAGUUGCCCAGCAGGAGGCGCAGAGAGCCCAGUUCUUUGUGGAGAAGGCCAAACAGGACCAGAGACAGAAGAUCAUCCAAGCCGAGGGAGAGGCUGAGGCAGCCAAAUUGUUAGGAGAGGCGGUCACAAAGAAUCCUGGCUACCUGAAACUGAGGCGAAUCCGAGCGGCCCAGAACAUCGCCAAGACGGUUGCAUCGUCCCAGAACAGAGUGUACCUGAAUGCAGACAGUCUAGUGCUGAAUCUUCAAGACCAAGGUUUUAAUAACUUAUCAUUGGGGAACAUAAAGUAGCAGGUUGGUGGAGGAGAGGGAGUGACCCAACAUCUCAGCUCUGCCCCCUAGUGGACAUGCUCAGCAGGUGACACUAAUGCCAUGGGAGGCCUCAUCUUCAGUGUCCACACACACACACUCUCUCUCUGCAGUCCUUCAUUAUUGCUGAAGUUUGGCUUGCGUCCUAAUCCAACGUCCAGACGUCUAUGUGAAGAUUGUAUGAUGACAUCACUGAGUAGCCGCAGCCAAUUGGUGAAGUGCUCAGAGCUGACCCCUCUCCUGACGCAGAGUGGCCUGGUGGCGUCGGGCAAUGUGCUGAUGUUAUGACAUGAUUAUGUAAAGUGAAGUUCUCUAAUGUAACGGUCGAUGUGUGACUUCCACUGGACGACACAAUAAACGUUUUUUUUUUAUUUCAAA